GUGAGACUACACACACACACACACACACACACAGAGACAGACACACACACUGGAAAUUCUAAGAUGUCUUCCAAUAAGCCUCAUGCUGUUUGUAUUCCAGGUCCUGCUCAAAGCCAUAUAAAGGCUGUGCUUAAAUUGGCAAAACUCCUACACCACAGAGGUUUUUAUGUAACCUUUGUCAACACAGAGUUCAAUCACAAGCGCUUCCUUAAGUCUCUAGGACCCAACUCCUUAGAUGGCUUCCCUGAUUUUCAGUUUGAAACCAUUCCAGAUGGCCUUCCAGAUUCAAAUGAAGAUGCCACCCAAGACAUUGCUUUACUUUGUGACUCUAUCCGAAAAAAUUUCUUGGCUCCUUUCCGUGAUCUCCUCAUAAAACUUAACAACACUCAGACUAAUCCUCCAGUGACUUGCAUUGUUUCAGAUGGUUUCAUGUCGAUGUUUACCAUCACAGCAGCUGAAGAAAUUGGAGUCCCCAUAGCACUCUUCUAUACUGUUUCUGCUUCCACCUUCAUGGGAUUCAAACAAUUUCGCACUUUGGUCCAAAAAGGGCUUGCACCAUUCAAAGAUGAGAGCUGGUUCACAAAUGGAUUUCUGGACGGAAAAAUAGAUUGGAUUCCAGGAAUGAAAGAUAUUCGUUUGAGGGAUCUCCCAACCGUUUUUCAAACAACAGAUCCCAAUGACCCCAUGUUUAACUUCAGCAUGGAGGCCACGGAUAGCGUUCAUAAAGCUUCUGCAGUUGUAUUACUUACUUUUGAUGCUUUGGAACAUGAUGUUUUGGAUGCUAUCUCUUCUAUGUUUGAUCGGCCACUUGUUUAUACAAUUGGCCCUAUCGAGUUACUUCUGAAUCAGAUUCCAAACUACCCUUUGGAGACUAUGGGAUACAGUCUGUGGAAAGAAGAAUCUGAAUGCCUCGAAUGGUUGAAGAAUAAGGCGCAAAAUUCAGUAGUUUAUGUGAACUUUGGUAGUGUAGCGGUCUUGACACCACAACAGCUUGUAGAGUUUGGUUGGGGACUUGCAAAUAGCAAGAUUCAUUUUUUGUGGGUAAUGAGGCCUGAUCUUGUUAUUGGUGGAUCGGCUAUUCUGCCACCUGAGUUUGUAGCUGAAACCAAAGAAAGAGGUCUGAUAGCAAGUUGGUGUCCACAAGAGGAAGUGCUUAACCAAACUUCAGUCGGAGGGUUUCUUACACACUGUGGUUGGAAUUCGACCAUUGAGAGUCUGACAGCUGGAGUGCCAAUGCUCUGUUGGCCAUUCUUUGGUGACCAGCAAACAAACUGUUUCUAUACUUGUAACAAAUGGGGAAUCGGAAUGGAAAUUACCAAUGAUGUCAAGAGAGACGAAGUAGAGAAGCUUGUUAGGGAGUUGAUGGAAGGAGAGAAGGGUAAGAAAAUGAAGAGUAAGGUCAUGGAGUGGAAGAAACUUGCGGAAGAAGCCACGGCUCCAGAGGGUUCUUCGUUCAAAAAUUUGGACAAUCUAGUGAACCAAGUUCUACUGCAGAAAAGUUAAAUGUUAUUUAGGCAUAAAAAUAUUGUUAUUGAAGUAAUGUCUGUUUGGCUUAGUAAAUUGUGUUAAUCUUGUGUUUCCAAGAUUAGCAUUAAAUCUGUUGCAUGUCA